AUGCAAAAAAACAGAGCAUUACUGCUGCAGCAGAAACGGACCCGGCCGAGGAAGCAGCCUAUUCCUGACUAUCUGAAGCCACAAAUCAGCGGCACUUCUAUCAGCCUUGUUGCCCGCACAAAGCCAGUCCGAGACACAUCUAGCAAUCAAGAAAGACACCAUGCGCGGCGAAGCGGACAAGUCUUUGAAAAUUCUUCUGUUGCGCUCGAGCCAGAUACGCCAGCAGAAAGCAUGCAAAAAGACUCUGGAUCACCAGCUGGAAGCACUUUGAGACGAGUCUCGAGCCCACAACUUAAUCACCGACGAAAUGUCCUAGGUGGGGAUGUUGAUGCUAACCAAAGCCUUCAUCAUAAACCAGACCUCGCGACUGAAAGGGCAGGAAAUGAAGAGGUGGUCUAUGGUUUCUUCAAAGCAGCCGCACAAAGCACAGCGAUUCGGGAAAGACCAUCCUUUUUUCUUCAGCACAUCUUGGGUGAGGAUUUUUCGGUAAUAGACAGUCCAAAUGAAGGAGCAGACAUUAGGCGGAAUGACAGGACACCAAACGAUCUUGAAGGGGAAGUCACGGUCCGCAAGGUUGCUUCCCUUGACCAGCUCCGAAUAAUAAGAGUGGGAGCUGAACCCAUUAUUCUGCUUGAGCUCCCAAACAAUUUUAGAGGGACCUGCAGCAAGACUCGAGAAUGA